UCUUUCUGUCCGUCCUCUCGUCCUCCUGCUGGUCAUUCAAUGAGAGUUUCACAGAGACGGAAAGUCACCUCAGCUCACAGCAGAGGAGGAAAAUCACCUGGAGAACAGCGGAGAGACGGGAGGCAAAAGGAGCGGUGAAUGUCAUCACCUCUGUGGGAUGUGAUUGAAGUGACAGCAGCCGACAGAGAUCUCUUUCACCUGCAGCUCGAGUGCUGCUAAUCUGUUCAUCUUUGGAAACAAUCAGCUUCAACUCAACCAAACUAAACAGCUUCAAUCAGCCCAGAUUUCCUGAGCAGUUUCCCUUCUUUCCCUCUCCUUUUUUUAUUUUCCUAAACAACCUGAGGAAGAUUUUUCCUGGUCCGACCCCAGCGAUGUUUCCCUUCAUCCCCUCCUCCCUCCUCCUCGUCCUCCUCCUGGCUGCUCCGGCCCUCCUGACUCCAUCAACCUCCCACGAGUUACAGGUCAGAGGUCAGAGGACGCCGAGGGAUGCCAAGCAGGACUCCGUCAAGGUGGUGAUCUCAGAGAGCUUCCUCACUCAGGGGGAUUCAUCUGAUGUCAGCCAGGGAGGUAGAGAAAUCAACCUGAUCCCCGGUUCUCCUCUGGUCCUGACCCACAAGAUCAAACUGGUUCCGUCGGGCUCAGGUUCCGGGUCUUGCGGUUGUGAGGCGGACUUCGCUGCCCUGCGGGAGCGUCUGGAGAGGCUGGAGAGGGAGGUGUCGUCUCUCAGGGAGAAAUGUGGAGGAGCUGAGGGAGGCUGCUGCACCUCCAAGGAGAGCAAAGGUGCAGGUUGCUCCAUCAAACCAAAGACGGACGAGUGUCCCAACGAGUGCAGCGAUCAGGGGCGCUGCGUGGACGGAAAGUGCGUCUGCUUCCCCGGUUUCAGCGGCCCGGACUGCAGCGAGUCCAACUGUCCCGGAAACUGCAACGACAACGGGCGGUGUGUGAACGGACAGUGCGUUUGCGACCCUGGUUUCGCCGGCGUCGACUGCUCGCAGAGAGGCUGCCCCGACAACUGCAACGACCACGGCAGGUGUGUGAACGGCAAGUGCGUCUGCGACAGUGGCUUCGCUGGUCCCAGCUGCUCGGACAAAUCCUGUCCUGGUAACUGCAACAACAGGGGGCGCUGUGUGAACGGGCAGUGUGUGUGCAAUCCUGGCUUUACCGGCACAGACUGCUCUGAGAAAUCCUGCCCAGGUAACUGCAACAACAAGGGCCGCUGCGUUAACGGACAGUGUGCGUGCAAUCCUGGAUUCACCGGCCCGGAUUGCUCAAAGAGGGCCUGUCCUGACAACUGCAACAACCGCGGCAGGUGUGUGAACGGUAAAUGUGUGUGCGACAGCAGCUUCACCGGUGCAGACUGCUCUGAGGACUCCUGUCCAGGAAACUGCAACAACAAGGGGCGCUGCGUUGAUGGAGAGUGCGUUUGCGAUGACGGAUUCGGCGGCCCGGAUUGCUCUGAAAGAACAUGCCCGGAUGACUGCAGCGACCGCGGCAGGUGUGUGAACGGUAAAUGUGUUUGCGACAGCGGCUUCACCGGAGACGACUGCUCUGAGGCGUCCUGCCCAGGAAACUGCAACAACAAGGGACGCUGCGUUAACGGACGGUGCGUCUGCGACAGCGGCUUCACCGGAGACGACUGCUCUGAGGCGUCCUGUCCAGGAAACUGCAACAACAAGGGUCGCUGCUUGAACGGACGGUGCGUCUGUGAUGCUGGAUUCACCGGAGACGACUGCUCUGAGGCGUCCUGUCCAGGAAACUGCAACAACAAGGGUCGCUGCUUGAACGGACGGUGCGUCUGUGAUGCUGGAUUCACCGGAGACGACUGCUCUGAGAAAGCUUGUCCCAAAAACUGCAGCAACCACGGGAAGUGCGCAAACGGGAAGUGCGUUUGCGAGGUGGGCUUUGCCGGGCCGGAUUGCUCCGCCAAACGCUGUCCCGGAAACUGCAACAACAAAGGGCGGUGCGUCAAAGGGAAGUGCGUCUGCCGGCGAGGGUUCACCGGACCAGACUGCAGCCAGUGUGAGGAGGGGAGGACCGGAGCCAACUGUGAUACCGUCAUGUCGGGGGUUACCCGGCUGAGCACCAGAGACAUCACAGAGACGUCCGUCACUCUGCUCUGGACUCAACCUCGCGUCCAGUACGACACCUACUACAUCACCUUCACCAGCCAGAAGGAGAGCGACCAGCAGAUCAGUGUGCAGGUGGAGGGCAGCCUGACCUCCUUCACCCAGACGGGGCUGGCAGCCGGUCAGGAUUACACCGUCAGCAUCACCGGAGAGAUCGACGGCAGGAAGGGAGCCGAGACCUCCGCUGAAUUCAUGACCCUCAUCUCCGGUCCCGCCAACCUCAGAGUCGUCAAGACGACCUCCACGUCUGCGGUGGUCCAAUGGGAGCAGUCGCAGGGUGAGAUCGACAGGUACCGUUUGACCGUCACACCCAGCGACGGAGCGGGGAGGAGUCAAGAGAUGACCGUCCCAGCUGGCCAAGACUCCGCCGAACUUCGGCAGCUGGAGGCGGGGCGUUUGUAUGACAUCACACUGGUGGCGGAGAAGGGCACGAGUCAGAGCAAACCAGCAACAACUCAGGUUACUCCAGGAACGACAUCACCAAGGGUUACCACGGCAGCUUUGACACUAGCACCUGGACGAGAUGUUGGCGACAGACACCAAGACUUUAACCCCUCGGCUGAGGUGCAAGUCUUUGACCAACAGGAUGGGAGCGAGGCCGUAAAAGUCGGAGGUAUCGAUGGACCUAACAAAGUCUCAACAACCUCUGUGACUGCAAGAACUAAACCUCUGGUCAGCAGAAAGAUGGCAAUAAAUGGCACCAAGCCCAAAGAUUCUGAAAGGCCCGCAUUGUACAGGAAGCCAAAUGCCUCAGGCCCUUUCCGUUUCAACACAACCAGAGUUGUGCCUGGACGGAGAAAGUUUGGCCCAGGCCCUUUGAAAAAGCCCCCGGUGGGGCAGAAGAAGAAGGCACCAAUAGUACCCAAAAAAACUAAACCAGGUGUUCCCGCUAUCGGAGACGGGACUUUGACUGUGAGAGACCCGAGUGUGGAGGCAUCAAGCACCGAGAGGAGGGACAACAAGAACCCAGCUAUAAUGUCUGGGACUGAUUCAGAUGCAAACAGACUAAGUAGCUCCGAGGAACCAACUGUUGCUGUCGGCUCCAAAGAGCAACCAGAUGUUGGCACGGCAGGCCAAGGAAACGACACUGCUCCAGUGUCUGCAGAGCCAACUGGGACUGCUCAAAGCCAAGAGAAGAAAUGUAUGAACAAAGUUAAAGUGACACACAUUAGAUUACCCCAUCGGGGCAGAGGCGGUGGGUGUAGGGGGGAUGGAACAGUGCUGGUAGGAAAGACACCGGGUUCAGAUCGAGGUUCCUCCGAAACAGAUGAUUUGAAACCCUCGUCUGCAGCGACGGACCUCGACUAUUCACCAGAUCCUUUACGUAAACUCCUGAUGGACACUUUUGACAGUUUGAAUAUCACAACAUUUUCUGUCCACCUGUCGGAACCGUCAACCCUCUCUGUUAAUGCAGAAACGACGAGGAAGCAGAUUUUAAGUGGACUGAAGCCAUUGUCGCCAUCUUCGUCCUGGUCUUUGCCCUCGUCAACCUCACAAUCAUCAUCACGAACAUCAUCCUCUUUAGCAUCACCUUCACUUGUUCCAUCUUUUUCAACAGCAGCGCCUUCAUCAUCACUAACAUUGUUAGGAUCAUCACCCUCAUCCUUACCUUCACCACCAUCAUCACUACCAUCAAUUUCACCGUCACCUCCAUCAGUAUCCCUUUCCAGUUCAGAUAAAUCAGGUUCAGUUGGACGCAAUGAACUAGAUGUUGAUACCAGCGAAAGUGGGACCGACGUUACCUCACCUCAAGACCAAAAAUUACCACCCUCAGGAAAAGGUGGCAUACCUCUUUUCCAACGUAGACCUGCAAAACGUGGAUACGUAAGUCGCCUACGCCCAAAUUUGGGAUUGUCUCAGAACAAAACCCGUCUAAAUUUGAGAGUUCCUCACGGUUCAACUCCUCGUUUCAGCCUCAUCCCUAGGAGAGAGCCAGAGACCAGACAUACAUCCACAAGUGAAUUAUCAUUUUCACCAUCUACAUCUGCUUCAGAGGAACCUUCCUCAGUUGAGAUAAAUGCACCGGUGAGGGAUUCGAGUGGACUCAAGCCAUUGUUGCCAUCCUCAUCCUGGUCGUCGUCCUCCUCAACCUCACAAUCAUCAUCACAGUCAUCAUCCUCUUUAGCAUCACUUUCACUAGCUUCAUCUUCAUCAUCAGCAGCUCCAUCACCAUCACAUUCAUCAGCUGAACCAUCAUCAUCAUCAUUGCCAUCAUCCCCAUCCUCUUUAGCAUCACCUUCACUUGCUCCAUCUUCAUCAAUAGCAGAUCCAUCAUCAUCACUAACAUCAUUAGUAUCAUCACCCUCAUCCUCACCAUCAUUGCCAUCAUCACUACCAUUAUUAUCACCGUCACCUUCAUCAGCAUCCCUUUCCAGUUCAAAUAAAUCAGGUUCAGUUGGAAGCAAUGAACUAGAUGUUGAUAACAGUAAAAGUGCGACCGACGUUACCUCACCUCAAGACCAAAAACUGCCACCCCCAGGAAAAGCUGGCGUACCUCUUUUCCACCGCACACCUGCAAAACAUGGAUACGUACGUCACCUACGCCCAAACUCUGGACAGUUUCAGAAUAAAACCCGGCUAAAUUUGAGAGUUCCUCACGGUUCAACUCCUCGUUUGAACCUCAUUCCUCGAAGAGAGCCAGAGACCAGACAUACAUCCACAAGUGAAUUAUCGUUUAUACCAUCGCCCUCCGUUUCAGAGGAACCUUCCUCAGUUGAGGUAACUGCACCCCUCAAGGAUUCGAGUGGAGACCAAGAAGGGGCAACUACACCUGCGUCCACUGGAGUUGAACAAAACCAGAAAAAAGUCCCAACAGAAAGAGGGCGAAUCCCAGUUCGCCGUCUUCCUCCAAAGGGGGGAUACCUGCGUCGUCCAAACUUUAGACCUCUUCAGAACCGGACUCGUCCAAAUUUGAGGCUGCUUCCUCCCCCCUCUCGACCUUUAAAUCCUGCAUCAGACACAAGAAAAGAGCAGGCAUCUUCCACUGAAUUGCCAGCCACUUCUUCUUCUAAAGAAUCCUAUCUGGCUGAAGGUACAGGGCCAAAAGGAGAGGAAGAUGAAGACAAAGUUGGGACAAAAAUGUCCUCGACGAGCAUGUCCACUGAGUUCAAUCAGACCUUCAGAGAAAGUGAAGUGCCUUCCUCUCAUCGCCCAUCCACCAGAUUUGGUUACUAUCGUCGGCCGCAACUGUAUGAUGGACGUUUCCCAAACAAAACUCGUACAAACCUGAGACCACCUCAACAUCCCAUGCGCAAGCCUUUCCCAGCCAGAAAGCUAAAUGAAGGCAUUACUUUUGGAGGUCAAGUUAGACAAUCAGAAAAGGAUAGUACCCCUGAAAUCCCAGAUAACCCAUCAGGAGGGCAGGAUGUCCCCAUGCCAACCCAAGGAGUCCAAAAUAGACAAUCAGGAGAACAAGACACUGCAAAGGUAAUUUCAAGUUCUCAAAUGGAUGGCCAUGAUGCUACCGUCAGACCACAGAUUAACGAAGUAGAAGGGGGUGCUCCAGUCCAAACUACUAAAACUGGGGAAGAAGAAGAAACUAGCACCCCAGAUUCAAACUCCCAUAAAGAGAGAGACAAUGCUGGCAAAGCUACAAGUCAAGGUAGACCGACUAUAAAACAGGCUUCCUCUGAUUCAAGACCCGGAGCCCCGAGACCAGUCACACCUCCAAAGAGGAAACCACCAACAAGAACUAUGACAGCACCGCAUCCCACCCAGACAAGACGCUACAACAGUGGGGGCAAAAUGAGAGAGGACAAAACAAAUAGUACCGCAAAAAGGUUGUUUGACAGUAAACCCAAACAGUCAAUCAAAAGUGCUGAUUCCAAACCUCGGACGGGAUCAGAUGUUCCCUCUUCAGGAGUCACAAGGGAACCUCUGGACCAUGUGGGAGUGACGAACCAGACCUCAGAUGGAUUUACGCUCAUAUGGGACUCACCGGAAGAGAAGUACAAAAACUUUGUUGUGACAAGCAAAGACGUUGAGAAAGACGAAGGGCCAAAGCGGAAGGAAAGCAAGAAAGAUCAGGUAGAAAAACAAGAAGACUCUGGCGAUGAGGAGGAGGAAGUGAAGCAUCAACCAUCCAAAGGAACAGAAAAUGGAGGCAGUGAAGAUGAAAAUAGAGUACCUGAAAGUGUCUCUACACAAAGUCCGCUGAUCCAAAGAAGCACAAAAACCAAACCUGUAACAGGAAGUGACAAAACCUUCAAAAAAGUUCUUCCUGGUUCAGCUCGCUCCUUCCAGUUUGAGAAUCUGCCUCCUCAGACCGAGUACACCGUGACCUUGCUUGGAAAGGGUCCUGGCCUUCUGUCCAGACUGCACAAGCUUGUCAUCAGUACAGGCCCGGAGCCUCCGACCGACAUCGUCUUCAGUGAAUUGACAGAAAACUCUCUGACGGUGUCGUGGACCAAACCCAAGACUUCAAUCAGUGGUUUCAAGGUCACCUACACCCACGCGGAGGAAGGUGAGCCGGUGUCCGUGUCCGUGGACUCGGACGACUCCACCGUCGACCUAUCGCAGCUCUCGCCUGGUUCUUCCUACGAGGUCAGCGUCCUCUCCGUCCUCGGGCUGGACGAGAGCGAUCCGAUCAAAGACUUUGUCAUGACACUCCCCGACCCACCGACACACCUCCGGACCUUAAACGUCACCGACACCAAGGCUUUGUUGUUGUGGCGUCCAGCGUUGGCCGCUGUUGAUAAAUACGCCAUCGUUUAUGGCUCUGGGACGGAUUCAGAGUUGAGGGUCACGGUGUCUGGAAACGCAGCAGAGCAGCAGCUGAGCGAUCUGGAAGGAUCCACCACCUACACCGUCACCAUCACCAGCCAGCUGGGCGGCGUGGAGAGCUCAGCGGCGUCCACCAGCUUCACCACCGCCGGAGGCUCUGGGAGCGGCGGCGAUGGUCCAAGCGAUCUCCAGGCCAACAACGUGAGCCCUCGCACCGCCCUGUUGUCAUGGAAACCAAACGCAAAUCCCGCGAGCAGCUACAGGCUGACCUAUCAGACCGAAGGUCAAGAAAUGAAGGAAGUGAUUGUGGACGCCUCGUUAACGGAGUACAACCUGACCAGACUUCACCCCGGAUCAGAGUACACGGUGCAGCUGCAGGCGGAGGGAGGAGGCCGGUACACUGACGCCAUCUCCACUGACUUCACCACCGGCACCCUGAGGUUCCCCUUCCCCACAGACUGCUCUCAGGAGCUGCUGAACGGCAUCAGGACGUCCGGCGAGGUGGAGAUCUUCCCUCAGGGGAAACUGGGGACGCCGAUAAUGGUUUCCUGUGACAUGGAGACAGACGGCGGAGGCUGGACGGUCUUCCAGAGGAGGAAGGACGGCUCGGUGAAUUUCUUCAGAGGGUGGAAGGACUACACUAAAGGAUUCGGGAGUGUGAGUGGAGAGUUUUGGCUCGGCCUCGAGAGCCUCUACAACCUGACAGCGAUGACCAAGAUGACUCUACGCGUCGACCUGCGAGACAAAGACGAGGCGGUGUACGCCAAAUACUCGACGUUCGAGCUGCUGAAGAGAAACUACAAACUGAAUGUGGGCGGAUACAGCGGCACUGCAGGCGACUCUCUCAGUUACCACAGCCAGCGGAUCUUCUCCACCAAAGACCGCGACCUGUCGCCCUUCAUCACCCGCUGCGCCAUGUCGUACCGAGGAGGCUGGUGGUACAAGAACUGCCACGAGGCGAACCUCAACGGCCUCUACGGCACCAACGUCAACCACCAGGGUGUGAUCUGGACCGCCUGGAAAGGAAAACAGUUCUCCAUCCCGUUCACUGAGAUGAAGAUGAGACCAGCAGCCUUCAGUCCUCCAACCGCAGGAUGAGGACGAAGACGAGGAUGAUGAACUGAUGAACACAUGAUGGACAGCAGUGUGUACAUACAUGUGUGAACACACACACUCUCAUUUUAACAGGGAGCCUCGCUCUCACAACAGAGGAGGGAUGAAGACGUAUUUUUUCAUUUGUAUA